AUCUAUUUCGCUACUUAACUAGCACCAUUCAUUGGCUUUUUUGUACUUAGUGAAACAUUUCAAUAGUCAGCUUAAGAGAUUAGCCCAUAUUUUAUUCCAAGCUCAUAAAAAACAUAGCAAAAACAUCCGAUGAGCCUGCAACACUGCAAUCCAGGUGACGAGAAUGACAAGGUCAGCUGUAUAUGGCUGUAUAGAUUCAUGCCUAGCCCAGCGUACCAACGGCAUCACUUCAUCAAUUUUGCAAUUUCCAUUUUCAUUUUUUUGAAAGUUGUGCAAUGUUUUCGAGGGAAAUUCUGCUGUGGAUAAACUUAAUAGGCCUAGCAGGGUAUAUUCCAACAUUUGUGUUGCGUUGCCACCUUGCUCCAGUCGGACCAAUAUUUCAGAAAGGAAUGUGCCCGCGCAACACAAAAAUAUGAUUUUUGCAUGAUCUACUGCUGAUCUUGAGCCGGCCUGAUUUUUCUUCUACCGAUUUUGUGCUUGAAUCUACGGAAUUCCAUUGACUAUCUACCGAUUUCGUCUUUUUCGGCUUGGCAGCACCGGGUAAUUGUAAGAUUAGAAGCUUUAAAUUGCUUUAGAUGCUGCGCUAGAGAUGGCGCUGAAAGUUAAUCUAAGGAUUGAGGUUAGAAUCGUAAUUAAAAUUUUCAUAACAUCUCCAACAGGCAGAGGAUUUUAAGUUUUUUUCUUUGCUAAGUGCCAGAAUCCGAGCAUAGGAAAAAUGGAUGGAGACAGCUCUGUACAAAGCACAUCUCGACCAUGGAAAGUUUGGACGGAGAUUACAGAGCCAUUUUUAGAGGCUGUGAAUGAUUUGUAUUUGGGAGAACUUCUUCACGAUGAGAUUUUUGGGCUGUUUGAAGCUAUGUCUGCAAUUGAGAUGAUGGACCCAAAAAUGGAUGCAGGAAUGCUAUGCAACAGGGGUGUCCGCAAAAUAGUUUCUUUUGAUCAAGCUGUACAGGAUAAAAUUCUUAAGUUGUACAAUUUUGAAGAUGGAGAGAUCAUCGGAAUUAUUGAUAGCACUUUGGCAUGUUUGGUAUCAUGGUUAGAAGGACAUUCUUUAGCACAAACAGUGUUUAUUAACUUAUAUUUGCACAAGCCAUAUAUGAUUGAAGACCGAACCCUGAAAGCAUUUUGUCUAGCAAUAUACAAGCUAUUAGAGAUCAUAAAAGAUUUUGUACAUGGCGCAAAUGUGUAUGAAGAAGAAGAUUUCCAACCAAUGCAGUAUGGCUACCACUUGAACCCAGACAUAUCAGAGCAACGCAUGAUUGGUGUGUUAAAAGAAGUAGAAGAAGAUCUACAUAGAAAGUGUAGAUCACGGAACACUGAUGACAAGUCUCAAGCACUCUAUGCCAGGAUAAAGUUUCUGAGGAUAUUCCUUCAAGUACUGAUAAAUUUUAGAAGAGAUGAUCCACAGCAACCUCUUAUGCCAGAAUGCCAAAGACUUUUAGCGACAUGUACAGAAGUGUUGUUAGCUAUACAAGGAAGCGUUGAUUUGGGUCUAAAGAGUGAUGAUGACACUGAAACAAUGUUGGGUUUUGAACCAAUGAUCAAUCAAAGAUUGUUACCGCCAACGUUCCCUCGCUAUACAAAGAUCAAAUCAAGAUCCGAAGCUCUGACAUAUUUCAUAGAAAUGACUGAAAGGUUCAAAGUGGUUUGUAAAAUCCAGUUUGUGACGUCACUACACCAGGCAUUGGAUUUCUUCAUUGAAUUCAGUAAAACUAGUCCAUGUAUUCUGUCGAGGUCUGCACUCCAGUUGCUAUACAGUGGCUCAAAAGAAUCAAAUUUAAGGGAUAUUGUGAGAGAAGCUGUAAAAUCCUUCAUUUGCCCCCCAGCAUUAUUGUCAAAGUCUCUCCUCAGUAACUCUCAGGCAAAACAUUAUGUUGACACAUUUUUAUCACACUGCACACGGCCAUUCCAAAAUUUUCUUCAACUGUGUGGUCAUAACAGAGCUAGACAAAGAGAUAAGUUAGCUCAUCUUUUAGAAGAAUUUUCAACACUACAAGAUGAGGCAGAAAGAGUAGAUGUAUUCUUGCACAAUCUUUCAAUGAGUUCUCCACUAGCAAGACCUCAUGUUGCAUGUUUUGGAACAUGGGUUUUGUAUCAUACCCUUAGGAUAAUGAUAAUGUACCUUUUGGCAGGAUUUGAACUGGAACUAUACAGUGUUCAUGAAUUUUAUUACAUCUAUUGGUAUUUAUAUGAAUUUUUGUAUGGCUGGUUGAUAUCUGCUCUAUCAAGAGCAGAUACAUUCCUUAUGGAAAACGAAAUUUUGAAUGAGCUUCAGAAAUCUGGUAAAGGCAUAUCUAGGAAAAGGCCUAGGUACAAGAAGAAAAAUAUCAGACCUAAUAAUAGAGAUAUUAUAUAUCUUCAAGCUUUACAGAAUAUGUGUGGAGGAUACUAUAAGGCUCUCAUGGGGUUCCGACUGGAGGGGAAGUUACAAAUGCCCCAUCCACGUUUUGACAGCGAGCAAGUGCGAUACGAGCACAGGUUCGCCCCAUUUCAAAACCUUCUCACUCCACCACCCGUAGUUUACUCAGAAUUCAGGGACUUGACGUCAUUCGAAAGGUUCCAGCAACAGUCGCUAGAUAGCGUUUAUUUAUACAUAGCAGGAUGUAAGCAUUUCCAUCAAGCAAGGCAACUUUUGGAAAGCAUACCUUCUGAUCCGGAGAUAGCGAAUUUGUUGACAAUCUGUAAAACAAAUUUUAUUGUAUUGAAAUUGUUGGCUGGUGGACAUAAAAAAGAGUCGACGAAGCCUCCAGAGUUCGAUUUUUCGAAAAAUAAAUAUUUUGCUGUUAUAAGAUUGAGCUAGGCUGAUAUAUAUAUAUUAUAUCAUAGUUACAUUUUCGGCGAUACGUCUUCAACAACACCGAUCACGGGGUUCUUAACAAUUUCAAGUUAAAAACGAUUGAUUUGAAAACGAGGUAUUAUCGGAUGUACGUUUAUUUGGACUAUUCGAAUCAUCCCUUGGGGUUUCACCAGGUAUAUAAUAUCUUGUAGUAUAAAGACACUGUCAAUAGUUUUCUCGAUUUAUGCUUUCGUGCAUGUUUUGUGAAAUUUAAUAAAAUGUUUUGUUGAUA